UUGUGUAUACAUUUUUUGUACAGACUCCAACGAUGGCUCUCAUUGUGGUGCUUGUAUUGUCACUGGUUUGCCAAUGCUGGACUGCACCUCACAGGAGGUACUGGACCCCCCAGGCUAUGUUAUAUCUAAAAGGAGCGCAAGGACAUCGUUCAACUGUGGAGCGCAGAAGUAACGCAGAUGCUAUACCAAAUGUGAUGUAUAGUGAAAGCAAUGCUCAUGAACUGAAGAUUCCUCCUAGAAUAUUCAAUCUGCAAAGAAUGACUGAACAAGGUGAAAUUGAUCCAUAUGAUUAUCUCAACUAUUCAUUGUAACUGUGUUGAUUGUUCCUUUCAUUACU